AUGGAGCGGCUCAUCUGGCAUGAGUUGAUGAGUGGCUUAGCAGCUCUGGAUACACUUUCCCGCAAAUCCCAGGUGCAAUCAGAGCGUAGAUCAGACGUGAUCAAUAUUGCUUUCGGUAGACGCAUGCAUAUGGCAAGCGUUAGGAGAAGACCGAAGAACAUCGGCGAGAAUAUGGGAAAGCCACGGAAGAAAAGAGUGAGACGUCGGAUCGAGCCGAGCACAUGGCCCCCCUGGCGAUCAAGAGCCGCCCUUUCUGCCGUCUUUGCCAAUCGUAGAGACCAUGAUGGGAAGAUUGCAGAUGACCACGAUGAAUAUUACAUUUCCAUUGAGGCUUACAAGGUUGAUGGCUCGAAUGGAUCAGCAAGCAGGGUCCUGUCAUCGCUGUCUGCUAAGCGCACACACAGCUCGAACGUCAUCAAGAACGCUUUUGCAUAA